AAGGAGAUCGGUGAAGUCUCUCCAAAGGUGCGAUUUUUGAUGGCGAUUAGCACCAGUGCAGCAGCAAUGGCGACGCUGAGACUCUCCAAUCCCAUGCUUGCUUCUUCUCCUCCUGUGUUCUCCGUCAUCUCCAAGUCCAUCAGCUUGAGAACUCCUGCUUGGAAGAACUCCAAUCAUCAAGGGAACUUAGGUUUAUCUGUUUCAUCUAGUGGUGGCUUUGGAUCUCUGAGAGGUGGAACUGGUGUUUUGGAGCGUCCCACCUUCGAUCAGUCCCAGUUUGAUCCUAUCCCUCAAGUAGAAGAAGGGGGAGAUUUUGGGAAGUCAAUUGUUAAAAGAGGUAUAGGAAGUGGAGACAGUUACAGAGUUUUGCUGAUUGAUGAUGAACAUCACACUGAGAGUUUAGUGGAAAAGGCAUUGCCAAAGGUUGUUCCAUCUCUAACAGUUAUUGAAGCGAGGAAGCUAUUUCAUGAAUCUCGUGAGAAUGGCCUUGCGAUUGUCAUCAUUACUGUGAAGGAACAUGCUGAGUUUUAUGUGCAAAUGAUGCUUCAGUGUGGUCUUCGGUCAGCCAUGGAACCAGAUUUAUCGGCCUGAAUCAAUUUUUCUAAGUAAUCUUUUUUUCCACGGAAGAGUUCAAAUUGUAUGAGAGUUAGUUUUUCCUGUGUGUGAGGAAGCCUCAUGUCAAAUUUUGUAGAGAUUAAGAGGUAAGCUUGACAAAAAUUACACUUAUGUUUGUAAGCUCAGGGCUUGAGAUAAAUUUAAUAUUUUGGAUAUAUAAGCUCAAUUAUCACUAUUUGUUUGAGUCUAUUCUGUUCUAUGUUGUAGUCUGUUGAGGUGUUGUAUGGUUUUAUUUCCUUAUGUAGCAUUAUGCAAAAUUAGUUGCUGUCAUGAACUUU